AUGCUUAAUAAGGAUCCUAAGAACAAGUUAGAAAUAUCACGAGAACAUAGAGCUAUGAAGAAACCUGGAAGAUUUAAAAAGACAUCUAAAAAUCUCAUAAAAUCUAAAAAGAAACUUGGAAGACCAAAGAAAGCACUUAUCCAUUAUAAAUCUGCUGCUAUAAAUAAUAAAAGAUCCGGUAGACCAAAAAAGGUAAAGCAAAAUGCAGAAGUUAACUAUAAUCAGCGUAAAAAUGUCGAGAUAAGCACAAGUACAAGAAAACCUGAAAGAAUAAAAAUCGUCGAUAAAGAAAAAGAUAACGAAAAAUAUAAAACCUGCGUAAAAUUAAGAAAUGGAUAUAUCAAAAAUAAAGAAAAUUUCAAAAUUGGUACCUAUAUACAAGACAUCGAUGUUAAUUUGGACAAAUUUAGUAAAAGAAACUCGAAUAUUCUAAAAAUUAUAUUAAUUAUCUAUAAUUGGACAAAAAUAGCAAGAAAAUAUCAUGAAAAUUAUAAAAAUUAG